AUGGCGACUGGGGAGUGUUCCAGCAAGGCCGCUCAGUACCGAGUGGAUCACCUCCUGAGCGCGGUGGAGAGUGAGCUGCAGGCCGGCAGCGAGAAGGGCGACCCCACCGAGAAGGAGCUCAAGGUGUCCCUGGAUGAGAGCGAGCUCUGGCAAAAGUUUAAGGAUCUCACUAACGAGAUGAUCGUCACCAAGAAUGGCAGGCGCAUGUUUCCCGUUUUGAAAGUAAACGUGUCCGGACUGGACCCAAACGCCAUGUAUUCGUGUUUGCUGGACUUCUCCUCCGCCGACAACCACAGGUGGAAAUAUGUGAACGGGGAGUGGGUCCCCGGGGGAAAACCCGAGCCCCAGACCCCCAGCUGCGUGUACAUCCACCCGGACUCUCCGAACUUCGGGGCGCACUGGAUGAAAGCGCCCGUCUCCUUCGGUAAAGUAAAGCUGACGAACAAACUCAACGGCGGGGGUCAAAUCAUGUUGAAUUCUUUGCACAAGUACGAGCCACGCAUCCACAUCGUGCGGGUUGGAGGCCCGCGCAGGAUGAUCACCAGCCACUCCUUCACCGAAACCCAAUUUAUUGCCGUGACAGCUUAUCAAAACGAAGAGAUAACUGCGCUGAAAAUCAAGCACAACCCAUUUGCAAAGGCUUUCUUAGACGCAAAGGAGAGGAGUGAUAACAAAGACAUUAGAGAGGAUUCAAGUGGAAACCACCAAUCUGGUUACUCUCAGUUGGGAAGCUGGUUUCUUUCAGGAACAGGCUCCAUCUGCCCUCCCGCUAGCCCCCACAGCCAGUUUGGGAAUCCCAUCUCUCUCUCACCUUCCCACGGCUGUGAGCGUUACUCUGCCCUGAGGAACCACCGCUCUGCCCCUUACACCAGCCCAUACACCCAUCGCACCACCUCACCCACUGGAUACUCUGACAGCCCUUCCAGCUGUUUAUCGAUGCUCACCAGCCACGAUAACUGGUCCAGCCUUCAGAUACCAACACACUCGAAUGUGAUGUCACACAACUCCAGCUCUGGUGCCAGCCCCAGUCAGUACGCCGGCCUGUGGUCUGUGAGUAACUCAGCCCUGAGCCCAGUAUCACACAACAGCAGCCUGGGCUCCCAGUUCUUCAGAGGAUCCCCCAGUCAUUAUCCCAGCCUCUCACACUCUGCCACAGCGCCCUCUGCUGGCUCCCCCAUGUACGACAGCAGUGAAGCCACAGAGGUGCAGGAUGCUGCUCAGUAUGAAGCUUCGCCUCAUGGUCGACUGGCUUCAUCCUGGACUCCCAUCACGCCUCCAUCCCUUUGAUCUGUGGACGGUGGACGUUGAGAAGGUUAUUUUUUUAAACUGGACUUCUGAUCAAAUGUGAGGCAUCACCCAACACAUAAUAAUUAUAACAGAAGCUCAUGUUUAGUUAGAAUUCAUCUGGAUGUUCUGAUUCCUAAACGCUUAUAUUAAGCUCAACUCCACCCAGCGGUGCAUAAAGAUAUUUAUAAUGUAAAUGAGAACAUAAAUAUGGACUGUAGAUAGAUAAACAAAGCUGUUUGUGAAAAUGAAAAAAGGACACAUGACCAACGUACAUGUGCAAAUAGACUUUUCCUCCAUGUUGUUAAAUAACUAAUCCCACUUAAUGCCUUUUACCUGCUCUGUAUUCAUCUAAAUUGUUUUAAUUCAGUGAUGAUUCAAACUUAAUCUUUUUUUUAUUGUGUGUGUUUGUAAUUUAAUGCCCUUAGAUAUUUCAAUACUGUAAUAAUGAGCUAUUAUUAUUAAAUUGAAAUAAAAACCAAAUGUAUUAUAAUUAAAUU